CUCAUUGUGAAGCAUACACAUUCUUCCAGUUCGGCUCCAAGAAAAUUGAACCAGGUAGCUAUUACCCUACCAUUUGCUAACGGAACAACUAUCAAGUUGUAAGUUUAAGAGAAUUAAAAUCUCCUCUUAGAUACGAAAAGCAUAGGACCUGGGAGCAGCAGUGUGAGAGGAGAGUUGUUUUCAUCUUCAGUUGUGCCCACCGGAUGCAGCCUAGCAAGCGACAAAGAAAAGAUCAAGGUAUUGUUUUUGCAAUUCCUGACCUUCUGUACUAAUCCCUCAUCUCUGAGAAGACUCCCACAGCCGGGGGGAAAAAUUUUGUUGAUGUUGGAUCAACCUGAUGGGAAAAUUGAGACAGAGUGAUUAAGCAGCCGGCUUUCAACCCUUGUCUGAAUUGGGAUUCUGUAUGUGAAUUCUGGCCUGUGGAUCGUUUAUACAGACUACAGAUUCUAUAUGUCCCAGGGAAGUGGGACGCCCCCUUGGCAAUCUGUCAUUGCCAAGCUCUGCUGCAUCCUUUCACUGAGUGAUUGCUAACCAGACUGACAGUCCUUAAAACAAGUAUGCAGUUAAGGUGCUAAGAUGGAAGAAGGGAAGGAUGGCAGAUUGGCACCUUUAGAACAAUGCUCUAAGUCCCUAGACACCGGCGGUCUUUGCAUCUACAUCCAGACCAGAGGAAUGGAGGAAGCUAGUCUGUGCCUUGGUGUUUCUUCAGCGGGACCAGAAGCUGAGGCCCACCUCAACAGCUCCCUGCUCAAUGGCCAGUAUUCAAUGAGUCAGAAGUUGCAUCAGAUCACUUCCCAGCUCACUCAUGCCUUUCCUGAGCUUCAAACCAGACAGAGCCCUGAGGAAAAGGCGGUGGCACUUCUAGAAGACAAGAGCCACAUUUCGUUAGCCAACCAGCCUAUCAGCAGUCAGAUGGCCCUCUUGGCCAAUCAACUCAACCGGGAAGUUGAUACCAGUUUAAACGGGAGGGUAGAUCUACAGCAGUUCUUAAAUGGACAAAACCUAGGCAUCAUGUCUCAGAUGAGUGACAUAGAGGACGAUGCUAGGAAGAACAGGAAAUACCCAUGUCCCCUGUGCGGGAAGCGCUUUCGGUUUAACAGCAUCCUGUCACUACACAUGCGCACCCAUACCGGGGAGAAACCAUUUAAGUGCCCCUAUUGUGACCACAGAGCAGCUCAGAAGGGAAACUUGAAGAUACACCUGCGUACUCACAAGCUUGGAAACCUGGGCAAAGGCCGCGGGCGGGUCCGAGAAGAGAACCGGCUCUUGCAUGAGUUGGAAGAACGGGCCAUCCUGAGGGACAAGCAGUUGAAAAGCAGCCUCCUGCAACCCAGGCCUGAUGUCAAAGCUCACCCUCACACUCAGCCUAUCCCUCUGGCUAAUUGCAACGUACCCAUGUCCACAAACCACAACACCCCUGAUAUUUCUAACCCGGUUCCCUCUCCGAAACCUGCCAGCAUCCAGGAAGAAGUGGUUGCCACUGCGGCUGGGUUUAGAUGUACCUUUUGCAAAGGGAAGUUCAAGAAGCGGGAGGAGCUAGACCGUCACAUCCGGAUCCUCCACAAGCCUUACAAGUGUACGUUGUGUGACUUUGCGGCAUCCCAGGAGGAGGAGCUGAUCAGCCAUGUUGAAAAAGCUCACAUCACCGCCGAGUCCGCUCAGGGCCAGGGUUCCAAUGGAAAUGGGGAGCAGGCGGCCAAUGAAUUCCGGUGCGAAGUGUGCGGUCAGGUCUUCAGCCAAGCCUGGUUCCUGAAAGGUCACAUGAGGAAGCACAAGGACUCCUUUGAGCACUGCUGCCAAAUCUGUGGGAGGCGCUUCAAGGAGCCGUGGUUCCUGAAGAACCACAUGAAAGUCCACCUGAAUAAGCUGUCGGUGAAGAACAAACCCCCCAGUGACUCAGAAGUCCCCAUGCCUGUGGGGAGCAUGUCCCAGGAAGCUCAUGCCAACCUGUACUCCAGAUACUUGUCCUGCUUGCAGAGUGGUUUCCUGCCCCCGGACAAAGCUGGCCUCGGCGAGCAGAACCAGGCUUACAGUAAAGGGGAUUUGCCCAUGAAAGAACGCGAAGUCCUGGGCAAGCUCCUGUCUCCUAUUGCUAGCAUUGGACAUAGCCUGGCUGAAGGGGACAAGCAUUCCUUAUUGGGUUGUCUUAACCUUGUGCCUCCGCUCAAAUCGAGCUGCAUAGAGAGGCUGCAGGCUGCCGCCAAAGCUGCUGAGAUGGACCCUGUGAACAGCUAUCAAGCUUGGCAGCUCAUGGCAAGGGGAAUGGCCAUGGAGCAUGGUUUCCUGACAAAAGAGCACCAGAUUCAGCGGAGCCACGAAGACCCUUUGGCAAACGCCGGAGUUCUGUUUGAUAAGGAGAAGCGGGAGUAUGUGUUAGUAGGAGCAGAUGGUUCGAAGCAGAAAAUGCCUGCUGAUUUGGUUCACAGCACUAAAAUGGGCAAUCAGAGAGACUUGUCAAACAAACUGGACCCUUUGGAAGGGAGCAGAGAUUUCCUGCCUCACGGGAUGAAUCCGGGGCUUGACUACAACAUGCAGAGUCAUGGCGGCACAAAGGAGAAGCCCACCGAGUGUCCCGACUGUGGGCGGGUUUUCAGAACCUACCACCAAGUGGUGGUUCAUUCCAGAGUCCACAAGAGGGACAGGAAGGCGGAAGAUGAAAUCCUCCAAGGGACCAUCGAUGAGCGCCGUGGGUCUGGAAGCGAUCAGGAAUCCCAGUCAGUCAGCCGAUCGACCACGCCCGGCUCCUCCAACAUCACUGAGGAAAGUGGGAUGGGUGGAGGCCUCUCGCAGACCGGAAGUGCUCAGGAAGACAGCCCUCAUCCAUCUUCACCUUCUUCCUCAGAUGUCGGCGAGGAAGCUGGAAGAUCUACCGGGGUCCAGCAGUCAUCUUUGCUGAGAGAUAGGAGCCUUGGGUCCACCAUGAAGGACUGUCCCUACUGUGGGAAAACAUUCAGGACAUCCCAUCACUUAAAAGUUCACUUGAGGAUACACACAGGUGAGAAACCUUACAAAUGCCCUCACUGUGAUUAUGCUGGUACCCAAUCCGCGUCAUUGAAAUACCACCUGGAGCGACACCACCGGGAGCGGCAGAAUGGUGCUGGAUCCCUCUCUGGACAGCCUCAAAGUCAAGAGCACAAAGAAGAAACAUCAAGUAAAGGAUCCAUGUUUGUGAGACCCGAAGUACUGAGAGGAGCCUUCAAGGGACUUCCUGGCAUAGAUUUCCGAAGUGGGAUGGGAUCUCAACAGUGGUCACCAGGAAUGCUUUCUCCAGGAGACCAUGCAGGUCAUUCAGUUGGAAUCUCCUCUGAGGUUUCUUCCGAGAACAUGAAGGACAUGCCUUCCAAAGGGACACGUUUUUCUGACCUGGGCCGAGCGUAUCACAGCAUGGUUGGAAACGGAGUGAACUUCCAAGGGUCCCUUCAAGCUUUUAUGGACAGCUUCGUCCUUAGUUCCUUAAAGAAAGAAAAAGAAAAGAAAGACAAAGCCCUGUCCAGUUGCCUUUCUGCAAAGCUUUUGGGUUCAGAGACUAGCGAGGGAAAGGUGCCCAUUAAACAGAGAAAAACAGAAAAAUCACAGUAUGAACCUCUUGAUCUCUCCAUCAGGCCAGAUGCCGGCAGUCUUCCAGGUUCAUCCAUUACCGUUCAAGACAAUAUUGCUUGGCACGGCUGCUUGUUUUGUUCCUUCACAACCUCUUCUAUGGAACUAAUGGCUCUUCACCUUCAAGCCAAUCAUUUAGGCAAAGCAAAGCGUAAAGAUGGCAUUUUAGGAUCAAUGAGAAAUGGUAAAGACCAACCUAGAGAGGCCGUGGCUUCAACCAAUAAAGCCAACCUGCUGCCAAUAUCUUUGCAGUCCAAUAAAGAUUCGGCAGUUUCCAAUCUGAUAGCUCAAGUGGAUGCUUCUGAAAGAAUGACCCAGGGAUCCAAGGAUUCUCCUGGAGAACAAAAGAAUUCCUCGUGGCCUGGUCACGUGGACUCCACUUUUUAUAAUUUUGCCGCUGAUUUCUAUAAGCAAUUUGGCGUCUACUCUGGCGUCAGCGGAGCACACAAUUCUUGUACCACUGCGGACAUGGACCUCAAAACCCAGUCUGAAGAUGACCCACCCAUGAUGCUUUCUGACCCGAUAAGUAAAAAUGCUACUGAUGACCUGUCCGAUAUUGCCUCCUCUGAAGAUAUGGAGUCUUCCAAGGAAGAAACGAUUGAUGAGGAUGACCUUGAGCCCGAAGCUGACCUUAUGAACCAACCCUUGCCCAAUCCAAGCAAAGAUAGCAGUGACAGAGGAGACAGUCUACAAAGCUCCGUAGCCCCCCAAAACUCACAAGGACUCCUUUCUCCUUUGCCAUCUUCUGAAAAGCAAUGGCACACUUUGAAUCUGCUUUCCCCCCACGAAGCUGCACAAGUAGUAAUGAAACCCGAACCGACGUCAACCCCACAAGUCCUGGAGAAGCAAGUGAACAUGCUGUCGGUCCUAAGAGCCUACAGCUCUGAUGGCUUAGCAGCCUUUAAUGGACUGAGUAGUAGCACAGGAAGUAGUGGAUAUAUCAAGAGGCCUGACUUGUGUGGUCACAGGCCUUUCCAGUGCAGAUACUGCCCCUACAGUGCCUCUCAGAAAGGAAAUCUGAAGACCCACGUUCUCUGUGUCCAUCGCAUGCCUUUUGACAAUAGCCAAUACCCUGAUCGCAGGUUCAAGCGCUCCAGAGUUGACUCCGAGACUUCUGGGACUAUAGAAGAACCUUCCACCGUCAAACCCAGCAGCUCAGCGGAGUCAACCGAGGAAGGCAGCAAGUCUCACGAAUAAAUGCAACCGAACAACUCAAACUGUGCACUGCAAUAUUUACUUUCCGGUUUUACGGCACGCAUUGGAAUCACAGAAUGCGGGCUUCAACGGCCUUCUGUGGACAGUCCUUCCUUCUAUUUGUGCAAAUGCUCAGAAGCGUAUACAAACACACACACAAACACACCCCUGUAAGUAAGUAAGUAUGUAUGUAUGUAUGGGGGGGGAGCAGGAUGGGGGCAUCCGUUCUUUAAAAAUGGCUGUUCACCUGUUAAUUGGCGACAAAUACUUCCAACCAAGUAGGUGGCUCUUAAAUCCAAUGGGUGUAUCCUCACACCCUCAAAGUUGAGGACGUUGCAAGAUUUUUUUUUAAGGAAGGAAGGAAGGAAGGAAGGAAGGAAGGAAGGAAGGAAGGAAGGAAGGAAGAAAGAAAGAAAGAAAGAAAGAAAGAAAGAAAGAAAGAAAGACAUUUCCAAUGUGAAUAUGGAUGGGUUUUUUUUUUCCUCCAGCAAUAGUGCUCUUACCAGGAACAAUAAAAUGGAUACCAUUGGAUAUCGAUUUCCCGUGGCCUUGAAGAUUGGUGGGAAUGUGUAGGCGUGUGUGAGGGGUUGUGCAUUCAGUGCUGAAAACACCUUUUUAAUAUGACACCAACCGCUGUCAUUUGCCUAGCAUAAUAAUGAGACGUGUGGGUUGACUGAAAUGGUGCCAGGCUGACCGGAGCUGUCACUGCAGAGAAAAUCAAUUUGGCUGCACUACAGGAGAAAUUCUAGAUUGUCCAUAAGCCACGGUCAGUCCUGACCUAUAUUGAAAAGGAUGGUGCUGUUAUGUUUUAAUUUUCAAAAGAUACACACAGACACACACUGGCAGACCGACAGACACACCCACCGACAGCCGACCAGAUAAAUUAGUGGAAUUUAGAGUGGGGAAAAAAUAUCUUAACCAAUAAGAAGCUGUUGAUCUAUUGUAUAUUUUCUUUAGGGCUGGGGUGUGAUUUUUCCGUCCCCCCCCAACUCAACCUGCAUAUUGAUGGGGAAAAUGUGUUUUUCCCCCCCCCUUUUUUUGUCUUGUUCCUUUGUAACAAAAUAGGUUGUUAUAGAGGGAUUUAGAGAUGUCUAUUAAAGAACCUGCUGAUUAGGGCAACUAGUUAGCCUUAUCUAGAGGAGAGAUCAGUGCAGAUAACUAGUUCUUCCAUAGAAAACUUGAAUGAAGAAGUCCCACAUCAGAUUCGUUUUCAUUGAGGUUUAUUUCUUCUUGUAAAUAAACAGUUUGGUAUUUUGAGAAAAGUUUUGGGGUUGUUUUUUUUUUGGGGGGGGGGAAUUUUCCCCCCCCAACCACUUGAUUCUGAACUAUGAAUUUUGUCUUGGCUGAAAAGAACAAAAAAAAAAAGAACAAAAAGUAUGGAGGUAAAAGUAUUAGAAAUAUUUCUUGUUUUUCUAAGCGGGUGAGGGAAAGGCAUGUUCUAUAUUUUUGCAAAAAUUAGCUUUUUUUUUUUUACUUAAUUGGCCCCUCCAAAUUGAAUUCUGUUGCUUCUCAUCUAAGAAGCUUUGGGUGUAAUUUUAAUAGAAGUCUUAAAUGGACAGGAAGAAAAAACAAAGGAAAGAAAAAAGGAAGCAAGUUCUAAGUUCCUUACGGCUUCGGUUGGAAUGAUAAAAUUAUGGAGCCUUUUCAGGCAGUUCCUUUGUGAAAGGGUGCAAUUGGUGUAGCACCCAAUGACAGACACAAGUGUCCAUUUCUCCUCAAAACAAAACCAUUCAGGAAAGAAAGAAAGAAAGAAAGAAAGAAAGAAAGAAAGAAAGAAAGAAAGAAAGAAAGAAAGAAAGAAAGAAAGAAAGAAAGAUGGAUGGAUGAUAUAUCCUUGGAGGCUAGGAGCACAGAUUAAAACACAAGAGCCUUAAAAGACACUCCCCAAACAGCAAAAAUGUAAAUAAAAUUCGUAGCAAACUGAGAAAGUAAAGGGGAGGGAAAAAAAAGAAGAAAAGAAAGUUCUCAGGUUAAUAAGGAAUAUUGUUUGCAAAUUGUUGUCAGAAAAAUGAAAUCGAAUACAACUGACACCCAUCCUACUGAAACUUCAGUUAAACUGAGGUUGCCUUGCGUAGCUCCUGUGGUAAAGGACAAGCUGUAUUUUUUUCCCCUCAUUUUAAUUUGAAUUUUGAUUUGUUUGGUUUUUUUUUUUCCCUUCCUAGUCUAGUUCUCACUGCCUUACUUAAAUCGAGUUGAUCGACCGAAUGCAACUGAUUCUUACGAUCCUCUGUGUAAACAGAGGACUCUCUGACUGUAGUACGCUUUAGGGUUUUAACUGCACUACUGUGUUUGGUGACUGUGAUUCGGUCGCUUGCUUUCUUCGUGUCUUUGACGCCUUCAGUAUCUUAGCGAGAAAAACAAACAGAGGGAAAUAGAAUAAUAAUAAUAAUAAUUUUUUUUAAAAAAAAAACCACAUUCCAUUUUCUUGCACUUUUUUGCAGCUCCUUUCAUGGUUUCUGAGCAUUUUCAGAUACGACAGGCAAUAAUUCUGUUUGUGACACUGGAAACUUUACUUCCUGUUCUUUGUGAUGUGUAUGUUGAAUCCACUUAGUCUGGUGCUACUGUCCUCAUCGUUUUUUGCCUCCGACGUUCACCCCCCCUUUUUUUCCCCCCCACCCUGGAACAUUUGUAACUUGGAAUACAAACGAGCGACAGGAGCAGUGAAAUACCAUCAGCUUCUGAAUAUCAUCAUGCUUCUCGUAUCUAAACAUGUUUUUUCUCUGUAACUUCUGUAGUCUGUGAUAUUGGUCAAAAUACUGUCUACAUUCCUAAGCAAAAGAAAAAAAAAUUAUAUAUAUAUAUAUAUAUCUUGGAGAGAUUCUGAGAUCAAUAGAGUAGAGGGUUUUGUUGCUAUGCUUGUAACAAUUAGGAAAAAAAAACCUUUGUAUUUAAAGUUUAUUCUUGGUCAUUAUUUAUUAUUAUAAGACAUCAGUUGACAGAACUUUAUUCUGGGUAUAGAAGUAUUAAAAGUUGUUUCCCCUUGCCAGAAAAUGACUGUUUUUAUUUUAUUUUUCUUUCUGCUGUUAGAAUAAAAAUGUCUUUGAAGCAGUACAGUUUUAUCCAGUGUUUUACACAAUAAAACUUCUUCCUUUGGGGAAAUAAAGAGAAGGGUUCCCCCCCCCUCCAACUUCUUUGUGUUUAUUAGAAAGUCACUGUUUUUCUUUCACUUCUGUGUUGUACAAUUUGGGAAAAAGGUAGGUAACAACA